AUGGAUUCCACUGUUCACACUGUUGCUUCGUCUGAAAUGAUCCCCACUUCAUCGAUCGCGGCCAAUCCUACUCAAUACCAAGCUGCUUCUCUGAAUCAACCACCUGAUGCUCGCGAAAGGGGGCCCAUGCCACCUGUAUAUCCUACUUCGAGUGAUUUUCAGCAAGGAGAUUACUUUGCCGCCUUUCAACAAACUCAAUGUGCCUCACUCUCUAAUUCAACUCAGGGUACUUCCCUUGUAUACACAUUUGCUCCCCCAAAAGCUCAAACAGUAACACAUCACACUCCGCCAGUGUACACUUAUGUCACUGCUGCACCCGUUACCAAGGCUCCAGAGUUUCACCGCCCAGAUGUUAAUCACUAUAUUGAAAUUGAGGGGGACGAAAAAUCAAUUGAUGCUAAAAUGAUGAAUAAGAAGAUGAAAAGUUUGGAGGAUGCUAUGAGAGGUCUUUGUGGGUUCGAUAGUAGCCAGAGUGUUAGAUACAAAAAUUUGUGCACAUUUCCUAAGGUUGAGUUGCCACCCGGUUACAAGAUUCUAAAGUUUGAGAAGUUUAGUGGAUCAGGAAAUCCAUUCUUUCAUUUGAAAAUUUACUGCGAAAAGUUUAUUGGCGUUGGAAACAAUGAAGGGAUAAGAAUCAAGAUGUUCAACCAAAGCCUAACUGGAAAAGCAUUGGAGUGGUACUCUAAGCAAGAUGUGACAAAAUGGCGUACUUGGGAUGAUCUGGCGAAUGCUUUUGUGGAUCACUACAAGUUUCAUGUUGAAAUUGCUGCCGAUAAAAUUUCUAUUACCAAACUGAAACCCAAGUCGACUGAAUGCUUGAGAAUAUGCCAUUCGUUGGAGAGAAGAAGCUGCCAUGGUGCACCCACCUAUGGAGGAAUCAGAAAUGAUCACUUACUUCAUUCAAGCUCAAGAAUCAGAAUACUAUGA